AUGGGCAUCCGCACUGUUCAGACUCAGAACUUGACCCACGACGAGUCCCUCCAACUCCUCUACAAACAACGCGCCGCCCGCCCCAACUCUCCCCACCUCACCAUCUACCAGCCUCAAUUGACCUGGUACAUGUCCGCCGCGCACCGUAUCACCGGUUGUGCCGUCUCCGGUGGUCUCUACGCCUUUGCCUUCGCAUACCUCGCUUCGCCCUAUAUCGGUCUCGACCUCUCUACCACCUCUCUCGCCGCCUCUUUCGGUGCGUUGGCGCCUGUUACGAAGAUUGCGAUCAAGAGCGUGUUGGCGUUCCCCUUCACGUUUCACUCUUGGAAUGGAAUUAGGCAUUUGAUUUGGGAUACUGGAAGCUUCUUGGAUUUGAAGGGUGUUUACAGGACUGGAUACAUCGUGUUGGGUGUUUCUACUGUUUCUGCUGUGGCUUUGGCCUUGUACUAA